AUGUCUACUCCACCAUCUUCUCAAACAACUCAGGAGUUCUUCCCUUCUCCAUCUCCAGCUCUUUCCCUCAGCCUUGCUGGGAUAUUUCGAGAUGGGGCUAAGGCGGCGGCGGCGGCAGAGGUGGCAGCAGCGGCAGAGAACAUGGAAGUGGAGGAUGGCGAGGAAGCCAGCGUCGGUGGAGGUGGAUCAGGGGGGCGGAGAGAGGGGACGGUCGAAAUAAGCAGCACAGAGAACUCCGGGGAGCUCAGAUCGUCGAGGUCCGACGAUGAAUUCGUCGAAACGGAGGAUCACGACGGCGGUGGGGAGGAUCAGGGAGAGGGAAAGAAAAAGAAAAGGCGCAAGAAGUACCAUAGGCACACUACCGAGCAAAUACGAGCGAUGGAAAAUUUGUUCAAGGAGUAUCCUCAUCCUGACGAGUACCAGAGACAGAAGCUUAGCAGUGAAUUAGGCCUUCAUCCUCGCCAAGUCAAGUUCUGGUUCCAAAAUCGUCGCACCCAAAUCAAGCAACAACAAGGACGCCAUGAAAAUGCAUUGUUGAAGACGGAAUUGGACAAAGCUCGUGAGGAGAAUAAGGCAUUAAGGGAGGCUCUUUCCAAACGUUGUUGCCCCGCCUGUAAUUCUUCUUUGGCCCAGGAACUCGAAGAAGAAAAACAACUCCGUGCUGAAAAUGCCCGACUCAGGACCGAGCUGGAAAAGAUGAUGAAUGCCGUGGGGAAAAUAACGUCGGAGGAAGUAGACCAGAGAAGCACGUUGCACUUUUUCAACGGCAUCUUCGGCCUGAGUCAGCCGGAGGCAAUGGCAUUGGUCAGCCAAGGGUUGGAAGAGCUCAAGUUCAUGGCGGUUUCGGGUGAACCAAUGUGGGUACGGAGCUUAGAAACCGGUCGGGAAAUCCUUAACUACGAAGAAUACAAAAAGACGUUCCCUUUCAGGAAUUUAAUCAGCCUGUACGGCAAAGGGAGGUACCUUGAGGCCUCCAGAGCUACUGGAAUUGUGUUUUCUGAUCUCCCUCGCCUUGUUCAAUCUUUCCUUGACGCGAAUCAAUGGCAAUCUAUGUUCCCAAGUAUGAUAGCAAAGGCAGCUGUGCUUAACCUUGUAGCGCCAGGUGAAGGGCCGAUGAAAGAUGGUGUGGCUCAGCUGAUGUUUGCUGAGCUGCAGAUGCUCACUCCAAUGGUGCCCACCAGAGAAGUCUACUUUGUCCGCCAUGCAAAACAGCUAAGUCCUGAAAAGUGGGCUAUUGUUGAUGUCUCCCUUGACAAGAUCGAAAUUACCAUCGAUGUGGCUCAGAUUAAGUGCAGAAAACGUGGAUCUGGGUGCAUCAUCGAGGAUCAGCUGAAUGGCCAUUGCAAGGUGACCUGGUUAGAGAAUAUUGAACUGCAGCAAAGUACCGUUCACCACCUGUUUCGGCCUCUUCUGAACAGUGGCAUGGCCUUUGGUGCAAACCGCUGGUUGGCGAAUCUGAAGCAGAGUUGCGAAAGGCUUGUGUUCUCCAUGGCAACAAAUGUGCCGACAAAGGAUUCCAUUGUAUCUCCCAAUCUCGUAUUUGACUUCCUGAAAGAUGACAAACAUCGAAAUGAGUGGGAUGCCAUGGCUAGUGGGAGUCCAGCUCAAUCUAUUGUUAACUUAGCCAAAGGACAGAAUCGGGGGAAUGCAGUCAGCAUCCAAACUAUCAAGAAUGGCAGCAUUUGGGUGCUCCAAGAAAGCUGUACAAAUUCUCAAGAGUCCAUGGUUGUGUAUGCUGCAGUUGAUAACAUGGCCAUGGAAUCUGUGAUGGCAGGUGGUGACUCCAGUAACGUCAGCCUACUUGCUUCCGGUUUCUCUAUUCUUCCUGACGGAGUGGAGUCAAGGCGUCUGCUUAACACAUCAAAGCCUGAUGACAAGAGUACAGAAGGAGGAUCUCUGGUCACUUAUGCAUUUGAAGUGCUAGAAAAAAACUUAUAUGCACCACAACCUGCUGCUGAAACAGUAGAAUUAGUGAAUUCUGUUAUGUCAAGUACCUUACAGAAGAUUAAGGCAGGUCUAAACUGCACAAAUGAAUGA